AUGGUUCUGGGUGCUAACCCUAAUCUUGUGUUCUACGCCUGGCGUUUACAUAAAACUUAUUCUGUUGAUGUCACCAUAGUCAGCCGUAACAUCCCGGCUUCUACAAAGAACCUUAACUUCAUCUCGUCCACUUUGGGAAACGAAUCAUUUACUCCUUAUGGUGUUCACACCUCAUUGGCUGAAAUCCCAAAGGGGUCAUCAUCCUUUGAUAUCAUAUUUAUCAGUGCAAGUACACUUCAAGGAUUCCAAAGUCUUAUGACAGAUUUAGCUUCAUUCAUCACUCCAAAGGAAACCCUUAUCAUUGUGGAACUGUCAGGCUUUAUCAAUUUAGAACAGUUUGUUACUACCAAUUUCCCUGAUGCAAAUACAAAAAAUCCAAUACAUCAAGUGUGUUCUAUUAUGAAUGAUUCAGACAUUAAACAGCUGGUUCAAGAUUAUACAACUUUCAGACACCAAAGUUUAAGUCGUGAUAAUCGUAUCUAUAUUGGUACUUCAACUCCUGAUUCUAAAUUAGAUAACUUUACCAAUUUCCAUAGAGUUGUCAAGUUGUUUCAAAUGGUACAACAUGAUUCCCAGGAUAAUAUCAGUGUGUUGAAGACAUUAAAACCAAAGGAGUUUAUGACUUAUCAAUGGAAAUUGGCUUUACCAAGAAUCAUCUUCAACCCCUUACUGGUUAUCUUUGAAAUAGAAUAUCCUGAAGACUUUUCCCAGCAGAUCUUGUGCAAACCUUUGAUUUCAGGUUUGGUCAAUGAAUUGUUCAAAGUCAUCAAAAAAAUGGAUUGUAAAUUGGUUAAAGGCUUUGAAAAUGAAGCUAGUUUAUUGAAGAAUUGGUCAGAAUCAUAUCCUAAAAAAUCGUCUAAUCCUGAUUAUAUCCAUUGCAAUCAAAUGUUUUACGAUUAUUAUCAUGGCAAAACUGAUGAACUUAAUAUCGAUGUUUUACUUUUACAACCCAUUCUCUUGGCAGAUGACAAUCUUAUUAGAACUCCAUAUUUGGAAAACUUAUAUUCCAUGCUUUGCCAACUUGUUAAGGUGAACAGCAGUGGGAGUGCUUCGUCUAUCUUUUUUACCAGAAAAGGGGACCCUUCUAAUCAACUUCAAACCAAAAAUCAUAAUAAUAAUGUCGCUCGCUAUCAAGCCCAAGAAGAAGAGACUAAAAAGCAACUUAGCCAAAUGGAUGUUCGUCUCAACAUAUUAAAUACUGAUGUUAAGAAAUUGGAAGGUUCCAAAAAUCAAUUGGAACAAUAUCUUAACAACAAAUCAAAGUUUAAACAUCAAUUGGACACUGAAAUCGAAGGUUUAACCAAACAACUAUCUACAUUACAAGUUCAAAUCAGCGAGAGCCAAUUGAUGUUGAGUAAACAAGAACAACAGCAUAAUCAGCAAAGGGAGCUGAUACAAAAACAAGAAACAUAUUUGCAACAGAUUGAAGAACAAAAAAGACUCGCUCCACAACAACAAGAUUCUCACCCUCAUUCCACCACCAACAAGGCUGUUCCAAGUAGAGAUUCUGUUUUACAGAGAGAGAAUUUAGCUGAUUUAACAGACAUUGCCUUAUAUGGUGAACAAAUCAAUAACUCUACAGAAAAGGUUUUGGCAACCCCUAAAGUUAUGAGUAAUCAAAUGCCAAGUAGAGAAGCAUAUGAAGCAAAUGGCAAUGCCAGCGAACAUACAUCAUCAAAUGAUUUACAUGAAAGAGAAUUGGAAUUACAAAGACGUGAAAAGAGCUUAAUGAAUAGAGAAAUGGCAUUGCAACAGCAGCAGCAGAAUCAACAGCAUAAUAACCGGAUUCCUACACUGUUUAAUAACUACAACAAUGCUGGUAAUGGGAAUGGAAUGGGUGAUCAACUUCCACCACAUGGGUUACCAGCCAAUGGAAUGCCUUCAAAUGCAUUUCCACCCAAUCUUACAACUAAUACAGCCUAUCCACCUCAACCACAACAACAUAUGUCUCAACAGCCAAUGAUACAACAGGGAGGUUCUCAAAGACAAACACAUGGAGGAUCGCCUAAUGAAGUGAUUGGUAGAGGAUAUCCUCCCCAACAAAUGCCACCUCAAGGACAACAAAUGCCACCUCAAGGACAACAAAUGCCACCUCAAGGACAACAAAUGCCACCUCAAGGACAACAAAUGCCACCUCAAGGACAACAAAUGCCACCUCAAGCACAACAAAUGCCACCUCAAGGACAACAAAUGCCACCUCAAGGACAAAUGCCACUUCAAGGGCCUCACAACUACAGUCAAUCUGGCUCAAGAAUGAACUCUAUGACUUCGCAAUACUUUGAGUCAUAUUCUGGUGGUACUGGAAAUGGACAAGGAGGGUAUUAUGGACAACAUCCACUGUUUCAAAACGCCGCCCCUAUUGAUCCACUUGUUGAGCAGAGGUUCAAGCAGAACCCCAAGAAGCUGAAUCGUCGGUCGCAAUAUCCUCAAAUUAGCCAAGGUAAUAUGGAUGGUCUUGAUAUGGGAGGAAGAGGAGGAAUGCCCAUGCCCAUGUCUGGGAUGGGAAGCAAGCGUUCAAGUGUUGGAAAUGCAUUAAAUCUACAAGGACAAGGACCAUCUAAUGGAGGGUCUAAUGGGUUUGCACCUUCCGGACCAAGAAGAGUUAGCAGUGCAGGGAACUUACUUCCUGUUCAAGCUAGCUAUAGUCAACCAGCACAUACUCAGAAUAACUUGGUAGUUCCUCAAAGACACGGGCCUGGUCAAAGCCAACCACAGCAACAGCAACCACAGCAACAGCAACAGCAACAGCCACAACAAGAACAACAACAACAACAAUUCAAGACUUCACCCAAUUUGAACGGAACAGACUAUUCUAGUGCGCCGGAUGCCAAUGCUAAACCAUUAGGAGGAAUUAGUUCCUCAGCCACAUCUCAAGACCAACCAAAGAAGAAGGGAUUCUUUGGUAGAAAGAAGUGA